CGUUGACAUCAUCCAGGGUCUCGGAUUUUGUCGGGGUUUGGAAUCUGAUGUUGCUCGGUCUUUGGGACUGCACUUUGUAUAUCAUUGCAGUCCCCCUCUCUACCAUAUUCCCGAUCUGGUCUCCCUAGUUCGGGGUCGAUAGUCUAUCGACUGAUCUCGUCCAACGAAUCAUGCUCCUCUGAGGCAAUUGUUUUGUCCCUGGGUCCACAGUGAUCAUUCGCCUUAUGCGAGAUGGAGUAUACUACUGAUCUCUUGGCCUAUUUAGGCCGUGAAGUCCCAAUGGAUUUCGGGAAUGUUUCUCGCUCAUUUUUGCUUUCUUCGUUCUCAUCUUGAUAAAGGAUUGGUUCUUCAAUCACAGGAUGACUAUCAUCCAGCGCACAAUCCCCAAGGCCAUCAAGGUUGCUGGAGUGGCCAGCUUUACAGGCCUGGGCAUAUAUUGCACGAAGCAAUAUUCAACAGCGUUCGCGGAAUCGAACGAGCCAAAAGCAGUCUUCUCUGGGCUGGGUUUCACCACUUUGCGCUUGCAGAGCACCAAAACCGUCAAUCACAACACGAAGCGACUAGUCUUCGAAUACCCUAACGAAUCCGCCCGCAGCGGCCUGACAUUGACAUCCGCCCUCCUAGCAAUCACCCAUCCUGAAGGGAACUGGCUUCCUACAAUUCGACCAUAUACUCCUAUAAGUGACUUGGAUGAACCAGGACGUAUAGAACUUAUGGUCAAGAAAUACCCGGACGGGAAGGCCAGUGGUUACUUGCACUCCUUGAAACCAGGAGACUCAAUUAGGUUUGCGACUUCACUGAAAGGCUAUCAGUGGAAGCAGAAUGAGUUCUCCCACGCCUACCUCUUGGCUGGCGGGGCGGGAAUCACGCCUAUAUAUCAGCUUAUCAAAGGCAUCCUGAAGAACCCUCAGGAUAGAACGAAACUGACUCUAAUCUUUGGAUUUCCUGACCGUUUCAACUACAUAUACACUGUUAGCCGUCCAAAAGAGAACUCCCCUUACAGAACAGGGUACAUCGAUGAGGAGCUUUUAAGGAGCACAUUCAAGGAGUCGACGCAGAAUACAAAGGUCUUCAUUUGCGGUCCUCCGGCGAUGGAAGAUUCUUUGAGCUAUCUUACUUGCGAGAGACUUGUAUAUAGAUAUGCCUCUGACCUGAAGUCGCGGACUACAGUGCCAGAACCCGCAAAGAUGAGCGGACAGACCAAAUCGUUAUAUCCGGAGCCUAAUGUAUUGACCUCCUCUCUGAAGGUGGGAGCCGUGAGUGGGUCGGCUGGUCUCAUAUACGGGGGCAUAUCAGGAGUCAUUCGGUCUCCUCACCCCGUCAUUCAUUCUAUCUCUUGCGGAAUCCACUGGUUUGCAUGUGGAGCCUCCUUUUGGUGGUUGAGAAGCAACAUUCUGAAGCUUCACUAUGAAGACAAGGCGACCCCUAAGCAACGGGCUUAUGUCAGCGCCCUCUCUGGAGGAGUUGCCGGAGGGGCUGUUACGAGGCUAAUGGGCGGGCGACUUGUCCCUGGGCUAGUUGUUUUCUCGCUACUAGGCUAUGUCGGGCAAAGCUCUUAUAAUGCGAUCGACACCUGGCAAAUGGAGAACGCGAAUACGACGUCUAAGCCGUUCCUGCAGCGGAUGGCCGACUCCAAAUGGAUCCCGCUCAAGUCACUCUCAGAUGACGAUUACAGGGGUAUCUUGAACGAGAAAGUGUUGAGUAUCGAGGCUGAGAUCGCACUCAUUGACGACAAGAUCGGGGAGCUUGAAAAGCUCAAGACUAGUGGUCUCGAAUCGGGAAAUUCGGAUCCUGCAGCUAAGUAGUCGGUUUCUAGACGGCCACUAGCAACUUGGCUAUGGGUGAAAAAGAGAAAAGUUACGGCCAUUCUCGAAUGGUUGGGGGCCGAUCUUACAUGUCCGAUCUAAGUAUGUUAAGGAGAGGACUGUGUGAUCGGGGGAUGGACGUAGAUCGUUCAAUUUCCCUCUAGGAUGGAAAUCCGGGCAGCAUUGUGUGUUGCACUUGCACUCAGCUUUGCAAUGAUGUUGUGCUGCUAUUCAGGAGGUUUUGAGGUUGCGACUUUAGCCUUCGACCAACAACACGAUGGUCGGAUCUGCCGUACCUUUGAGUUGGCUACGGAUGCCGGUGCCACCGCUUCCAUGAAGCCUCCAGAAGGAGUUUUACCUUUUGUCAUGUAUCAUAUUGUUCCCAGACCCAUGUAUUUUAAUUUGAAACAAGACCCUGUAUGAUC